UUCCUGCCUCUUCUAUUUUGACGUCCACCGAUGUCACCAGUGUAAAGUCAAACGGUAGUCUUCUUCUUGUGUUUCUUAUCUUAGUCGAGAGGCCGUCGAUUUUUUGAUUGAAUAAAGUUAAUAAUAAAAACCCAUCUCCCGCUGAUUGGCUCUGUGAUUCAGCCGUUUGUGUACUGUGCUUUGUGUUGGCAUGCUGUCAUCGGCAGUGUUUCUCUCUGAUCUCAUCUUGCAGAUUCGCUGAGGGCGCAGCCGGUUUGAUGCCCACCACUCCACGAUGGAGCCCUUAGAUUUGAUCACACACAAAAACAGGCGGCAGAGGAAGCCGGCGGCUGGCAUGAUCCCGCCUGAAAACACAAGGGACAUGCUCAGGGCACGGACAAGCUCCUCGGAGUCGGAAGUGGAAGACGAAACAGCGGACCUUGUCAGAGGAUCGGACUCUGAGGACAGGAGGCACUGCAGGGUCCGGCCUGGGGUCCGUGGCGAGCUGGGGAAUGUUUUGCUGCUUCUGUUCCUCUAUGUACUGCAAGGUAUACCUCUUGGGCUGGCUGGCAGCAUCCCUCUGAUCUUACAGAGCAAGAACGUCAGCUACAAAGACCAAGCCUUCUUCAGCUUCGUCUUCUGGCCUUUUAGUCUCAAGCUUCUGUGGGCACCGCUGGUGGAUGCACUGUACUUCAGCAGGUUUGGGAGAAGAAAAUCGUGGCUGGUGCCCACACAGUACCUGCUGGGCUUAUUCAUGCUCUACCUUUCUGUUACGGUGAAUUCGCUGCUGCAGAGUGAGAGCGGCCCGAAUGUGUUAACACUUACUGCAGUCUUCUUUAUGCUCGCGUUCCUGGCAGCCACGCAGGAUAUAGCUGUGGAUGGUUGGGCCCUGACAAUGUUAUCUAGGGAAAAUGUGGGCUAUGCAUCUACAUGUAACUCCGUGGGCCAGACAGCCGGCUACUUCCUGGGGAACGUGCUUUUCCUGGCUCUGGAGUCAGCUGACUUUUGCAACAAAUACCUCAGAAUGGAGCCAAAGGAAUCGGGCAUUGUCACCCUGCCAGAUUUCCUGUUCUUUUGGGGAGUGGUGUUCAUGGUUUCCACCACUCUGGUAGCCAUCUUUAAAAGGGAAAAUGAACAUGGUAAAGGGAAGAGGAGAGUCCCAGAGGAGACUAAAGGCGUCACGGAAACCUACAAGCUGCUGUUCUCCAUCAUCAAGAUGCCCACAGUCUUCACCUUUUGUGCCCUGCUUCUCACUGCUAAAAUCGGUUUCUCUGCAGCAGAUGCAGUUACAGGCCUGAAGCUGGUGGAGGCUGGAGUUCCCAAGGAGCAGCUGGCGUUGCUGGCUGUGCCCAUGGUGCCUCUGCAGAUCCUUCUUCCAGUGAUCAUCAGUAAAUACACAGCGGGGCCCAGGCCGCUAGACAUCUUCUACAAGGCAUUCCCUUUCAGGUUACUUAUAGGGCUGGAGUAUGCUCUGCUGGUGUGGUGGACCCCCAGCGUAAAACGAGAAGGAGGCUUCCCUGUUUACUACUUUGCCAUAGUGCUGCUAAGCUACGCUUUACAUCAGGUGGCUCUGUACAGCAUGUACGUGGCCUGCAUGGCCUUCCACGCCAAAGUGAGUGACCCCCUCAUCGGCGGGACCUACAUGACCCUGCUCAACACGGUCACUAACCUCGGAGGAAACUGGCCCUCCACCUUGGCUCUGUGGAUGGUCGACCCUCUGACCUCCAAGGAAUGUCAGGGGGCUGCCGGUCAGAGCUGCGGCUCAGCAGAAGAAGCAGGGCUGUGCAUCAGGGAAGGCGGCGCUUGCGUGACCACGUUGGAUGGCUACUACGUGGAGUCCGUGGUGUGCGUGGUGAUCGGUUUAGCCUGGUGGCUGUGGUUAGGGAAGAAGAUGAGGCGGCUGCAGGAGCAGAGCUCUGCAGCGUGGAGGUGCAAAGUGGAUCAGUGACGACGCCCGGCCAGCCACAGACACUUCUUGGUGCACUGCAUAUCCUACUGGUAAUUGCUGGACAAACUGUAAUUUCUUCUUCAAGCUCCUGGUCUUUCAUCUCUGGUUCAGAGAACAUUCGCCCUCACACUCUGUCGCUUCUGUCACCUUAAAGCACGUUCUCAGAAUACUGUUGUUGUCUUCUCUUGAGGUAGGAAUCUGCCUAAUUAUCCCUCUUGUUAACUGUCAAAGUGUCCUACUGGUGUCAGACUAGCUAAAAACUCUCAUGCUGCUUGAAAUAGCUCAACCAAACCAGAGCGAAGUCAAAGAGUACAUUCAAACCAUUUUCUGGGUUUGUUUUAACUUGCUUGGAUUGCCAAGUUAAAUCAUGUAAAGUGGUUUUAGUAAAACUCAGCUCCUCAGACUUGUUUACCAUCCUGGCCACCAUUUGAACUACAUUAAAAAUGUGUUUAAGGGGCAAAAAAUGCAGAACAUACUGAUGCACUCAUCUAAUGUGACCGUAAGAUCUCCCGUUGGUGUCUGAUCUGAUGCAGGCUGACCAAAUCCAUCUGGUAAACCAAACCAAAACCCAGUGUGAAGAAUACCUGUUUGACUCUGAUCUGAACCAGAAUUUCUUUAAACGAUUAUUUAAAUCUGUUCCUGUAGAGUAAUUUGUGCCUUGUUUAGUUUUUCUUUUGAAAAACAAUUCAAAGCCAGCGUCGUCUGAUCUGAAGGUAGAGGACGUGGCAGUGGACUGAAGUUAAAUGGAUGAAAAGUCAUUGUGUAAUACUGUCAUCUGGUGCAUCGGCUGCUUUCAUUUAUUUCUCUCAAUGAAGUUGAGUUCUACAGAAGCCGUCAGAGACAAAAAUAAAAAAAUGAAUCACCUGUU